UAAGUGACGCAUGCGUGGAGGAUAUGCGCUUUGCAGCAAAGUCCUCCUUUACUCCACACACGCUUCUAAGCCUCGCUACUAACUACACUUUAUUCAUCCUCCGUGUCAGGAUAAACUCCACUCGUCUCACUCAACUUUGGACAUUAUUAGGCCCGCUUAGCUUGCUACUUGUUUUAGCGCGCUAGUUAGUUUAGCGUGCUAGUUAGCUUAGCGUGCUAGUUAGCUUAGCUUGUUAGCUGCUAACAAAGAGACGCGGAUUUGAUCAACACAUCGCUUAGUUAAGAUCAAGUGUGAGUGUAAAGUGUUGUGAUUGUGUGAAAAUGUGUGAAAGAACGAUAGCAGAGUACAAGGAGGAACUUUCUCGGACAAAAGAAGACAACAAAAGACUACGUCAACUACUGGACGCUGUUUUCAAGAAACCUCAAGUGGUGUUACACAGAACAGACGUCCAGCAGCCCCCCCCCACAUGAACGAGGAAGAGGAUGAUCCACAGCCCACCCACAUGAAAGGGGAAGAGGGGGAUCCACAGCCCACCCACAUGAAAGAGGAAGAGGAUGAUCCACAGCCCACCCACAUGAAAGAGGAAGAGGGGAAUCCACAGCCCCCCACAUGAAAGGGGAAGAGGGGGAUCCACAGCCCACCCACAUGAAAGAGGAAGAGGAUGAUCCACACAUGAAAGAGGAAGAUGAUCCACAGCCCACCCACAUUAAAGAGGAAGAGGAUGAUCCACAGCCCACCCACAUGAAAGAGGAAGAGGGGAAUCCACAGCCCCCCUACAUGAAAGGGGAAGAGGGGGAUCCACAGCCCACCCACAUGAAAGAGGAAGAGGAUGAUCCACACAUGAAAGAGGAAGAGGAUGAUCCACACAUGAAAGAGGAAGAUGAUGAUCCACAGCCCACCCACAUUAAAGAGGAAGAGGAUGAUCCACAGCCCCUUCACAUGAAAGAGGAAGAGAAGGAUCCACACAUGAAAGAGAAAGAGGAGGGAGAGUGUGUUGUAGGGCAGGAGGAGGAUGAUGUCAUGACUGUUGUCUCUGUGAAGACUGAAGAGCAUGAAGACAAAGCACCUGAGUCCUCACAGCUUCAUCACAGUCCAAACGUCUGUGAAGAACAACUUCUGCCUGAAAAACAGGAGAGUAGCUUCAGGAUGGUGAAGGAGGAUCCAUCAAAGAGGAAGACCAGACACCACGGACCCUCUGGCGUCUUCUUUUCCUCUUUAACACAGACCCUUCCCUGUAAAAAGGAAGAGGAAGAUUCACUGACGCCCCACAUUAAAAAGGAAGAGGAGGGACACCGCAUCAGUCAGCCUAAAUGGUUGGAGGAGUUCCCAGUGACUGGUGUCCCUGUGAAGAGUGAAGGUGAUGAGGUCAAAGGUGAGAGUGAGGAGAAGAGAAGCAGCAGCUCAACACAACACAUGACAACAGAAGCUGAUGGAGACCACUGUGGAGGAUCACAAGCAGACAAGAUGUUAGCUCCACUAUCAGAUAGUGAGGACACAACGUCACACUCUCCUGACACUGAUGAUGAACACUCUAAACAUGAUGCAACAUGUCACACUGACAACACUCACUUCACAUGUUCUCACUGUGACAACACUUUUAAAUAUCCUAGUUAUUUGAAAAGACACAUGAGAACACACACGGGAGAAAAACCUUUUUUAUGUUCAAUCUGCGGUAAAGAUUUUACUCAUAGGCACCAUUUGAAAAUACACACUGGAGAAAACCCUUUUUCCUGCUCAGAAUGUAGUAAAAGUUUUGUAAGGAAUCAAAAUUUAUAAGCACACAUGAGAACACACUCUGGAGGAAAACCUUUUUCAUGUUCAAUCUGCGGUAAAGAUUUUACUUAUAGGCCACAUUUGAAAAGACACAUGAGAACACACACUGGGGAAAAACCUUUUAUCUGUUCAAUCUGUAGUAAAGGUUUUGUUGAAAGUCACAAAUUGAAAGUACACAUGAGAACACACACUGGUGAAACACCUUUUUCCUGUUCAACCUGUGGUAAAAGUUUUACACAAAGUCAAUAUUUGAAAGUACACAUGAGAACACACACUGGUGAAAAAACGUUUUCCUGUUCAAUCUGUGGUAAAGGUUUUACACAAAGUCGACAUUUGAAAACACACAUGAGAACACACACUGGAGAAAAACCUUUUUCCUGUUCAACCUGUGGUAAAGGUUUUACACAAAGUCAGAGUUUGAAAGUACACGUGAGAACACACACUGGUGAAAAACCAUUUUCCAGUUCAACCUGUGGUAAAGGUUUUACACACAGUCAGAGUUUGAAAGUACACGUGAGAAUACACACUGAAGAAAAGCCUUUUAUUUGUUCAAUCUGUGAUAAAGGUUUUGUACAAAGUAACAAUUUGAAAGUACACAUGAGAGCACACACUGGUGAAAAACCUUUUUCCUGUUCAACCUGUGGUAAAGGUUUUAUACGAAGUCAAUAUUUGAAAGCACACAAGAAAACACACAGUGGUGAAAAAUCACAUUCCUGUUCAAUCUGCAACAGACGCUUUUGUGAACGAUCAAAACUUGUAGCACACAUGAGAAGACACCCAGGUGAGAAAGUGUUGAGUUGCAGUGUGUGUGGUGAAAGAUUGUCUUCUAAGUAGCAGUGUAAGAAACACAAGUGUGCUGGUGAGAACAGCAGCAGCAAAUGAAGAUGCAGGAUUUGAAAUAAACUGUCUAAACUUUAACUUUGACUUUCUAACAACAUCAGCACAUAUAACAUGUGUGACAUCAUUGUUGUGUGUGUAACUAUCGUGUUAACAUGCUUCUACAUUUAUAGAUUACAUAUUUUAUAUUAGUGUUUUUUUCAGUUAAGUACAUGCAUUAAUAUUCAACAUUGUGUACUUUUAUUAAACAUUGAACAGAACAAUUUGACUGAAAAGGUGAGAGUAAACAGUACAAGACAUCUUUUACAUACAAUAAACAUUUUGUGUGUAUAUAUAUUCACCGUACAAUAUUAGACUUAUUCAUAAUGGUGUUUUUUAUAGGUGUUAGAAAUAUUGAAGUGUGACAUAUUUGUAUUUCUAAUUACCGUAUUAAUGAUCCCAUAGAUUAGCACCUUUAUAUGACAUACAUAUGUACUGGUUCACAUCUGAAACAUCUUCUGGACCACUUCAGGAAGCAUAUUAUUAUUUACUGUAUGCAUCAUUUGAACACUUGUCUUUUAUACAAUUUUAAAAAGUGUGACUUUAUUUGUUGGGUCUCUAUUGUCACGAUCGGGGCGCAUGAUGAUGCGGGGUAUUGUUCUCCCAAGAUGCAAAGGACGAAUCCGGACAGGACUUGCAGGUAACAACUUGAUUUAAUUAUAACACAAC